AUGGCUACGGAGAGGAAGACUAUGGUGGCUAUGAAGAGCGUGGCAGUGGUGCUCUCCGCCUGUGUCCUGCUGUUGAUACCGGUGAUCCCAGAGGUCUCCUCCUCAUCCUCCUCCUCCUCCUUGGACACACAUGGGGUUCCGGUCAGGCGCUUCGUACGUCCUCGGCUCCUAAGGACAAUCAGGGAACUGACUGCAACGGGAUUCGGCCAACCGCACCCUCCGCACCAUGGCUAUGUGCUCCUGCGCUGGUAUGUGCAGUGCUGCGUCGACAACAACUACAGAUCGACCACACGGUGCAAGCCUACAGAGGGCAAAUAUGGCUUCCACCUCUUCAAUAACAGAGACCCACUGCUCCCUAGGCUGACCACGCACAAGGACUGCAAAUACUACACACUGGGGAACCUCAACUCAUAUUAUCACGAACAUGCCGAUGACCUGCCUUAUGAUGUGCGGAGGUACUAUGACAGGUUCGACAGGAGUACUAAUAUGGAUCGCUUGCUGGUGAAGUACUGCCCCAACCAGAACCUAAUAGAGGAUAUCUACGUGUCGGAGCAUUACAACAGGUUUUGCACCUACCAGAUAGGUUCAUCUCUCAUCUCUGUCCUCAGAGGACAUGCAUACCGGGUCGUAGAGGAUUGCAUAUAG